AUGAUUAAUCUUGAGCUUUGUGACAUGAUUAAUCAGGACAAGAUCAAUAGUGUUGAUUUGAUACGUGGGAUAAAGAAGCGGAUCAUGUUGAAGAGCCCUAGGGUUCAGUACUUGGCUUUGGUGUUGCUUGAGACUGUUGUUAAGAAUUGUGAGAAAGCAUUUUCGGAGGUUGCAGCCAAGAGGGUGCUUGAUGAGAUGGUGAAGCUGAUUGAUGAUCCUCAGACUGUUGUUAAUAAUCGGAACAAGGCUCUGAUGAUGAUGGAAGCAUGGGGGGAGUCUUCUAAUGAGCUCCGGUAUUUGUCUGUUUACGAAGAGACAUACAAGAGCUUGAAAUCAAGAGGUAUAAGAUUCCCAGGUCGUGAUGAUGAGAGUUUGGCUCCUAUAUUUACUCCUCCUCGUUCAGUCUCCGCUUCAGAAUCAAAUGUUAGUCUUGCCCAACAAAUUAAUCAUGAGAUUCCUGUGCAAACCUUUUCUGUUGAGCAAACAAAGGAAGCUUUUGACGUCAUACGAAAUAGUAUUGAGCUUCUUACCACUGUUAUAUCAUCUUCACCGCAACAAGAUGCUUUGAAGGUACUUUUUAUUCAUGAUGAUGACUUGACAGCCACACUUGUGCAACAGUGUAACCAGUCCCAAUUUACUGUGCAGAGAAUCAUUGUGACCGCUGGGGAUAAUGAGGCCUUGCUCUUUCAAGCCUUAAAUGUGAAUGAUGAAAUUCAGAAAGUCCUAUCCAAGUACGAAGAAAUGAAUAAAUCCUCAGAGAUUCCCCGGGAGCCAAAACCUACAAUGAUAUCUAUUGCUGUUGUGCCUGAUGAAUUGCCUCGUUUAAGCUAA